AUGUCAACUUUGCGCGUGCUCUGUCGAGAUCAACCUCGACGAUCUAUCGCACUCGCCACGGACGAUUGUGUUCUUGAAAUCACCCAGCCCAAUGUAGACUCCAGCCGCAACGGCUCUACUAAACAUCAGGACCCAAAUCGGCGUCUCCUUGAGGCCUUUUUCCGGUCGUCCGUGGAUCUUCACGGAUAUCGACUUCUAGGAGAGGGCUGGGGGACUCUGGGGUUGAUUUCCUUGAAUCGCGAUGUCUUCAUUUGUGUCGUAACCAGCUCUUCUCGGGCAGCAACUGUGAGACCCGGAGAAACAGUGCUGAAAAUUGAGAACGUCGAAUUCUACUGUCUUAACCGUGCAGAUUAUGAAUAUGGGGAGGAGUACCAAGCUUCAUCGCGUUUUGCAACGGAAGACAUCGGCUCAGAUGAUCUUCAUGAUAUCAAAGACGUAAUCACCGACCACCCGUUUAUUGCACUGAAGAAAUUAUUCAGUGACGGCAGCUUCUACUAUAGCCGUGAUUUCAAUCUUACUGAGCGGGUACAGGACCGGUCGACUGGCUCAUCCGUCAUUGGUAUCGAGGGCUUGAACCAAGACAUGCUUUGGAAUUCCUACAUGAUAGACCCUUUGUUGCUCUUUCGCAGCCGUCUAUCAACGCACGAGCGGGAAAAACUUGAUAAUUCUCGCAUUCUGACAUCGGUCAUAAGAGGAUUUGCGGGAACAUUGGCAAUACCAGCCGCUGGACUUCGAAUAUCGCAUUUGGCUUCAAAUCUACCGUCAAGCUUGACUGUAAUAUCACGUUUGUCUUCUCGUCGCGCCGGCACCAGGUUCAAUUCUCGUGGAAUCGAUGACGAUGGAAAUGUUGCAAACUUUGUAGAGACCGAAACGAUUUUAUGGAGUCCACCAGGCUUUACAUUCUCUUACGCGCAAGUGCGAGGCUCUGUACCUAUCUUUUGGGAACAGACACCAGGCCUCAUUCCUGGUCAACAGAAGAUUGAAAUUUCUCGCUCAUUCGAGGCCACACAGCAUGCUUUCGAUAGGCAUUUUGAUUUUCUGGAACUGAACUAUGGCGCUGUUCAUAUUGUGAAUCUUUUAAGUGAUGCGAAGAGCAGUGAGUUGAGUUUAUCGUCGGAGUUUCGUAAGCACGUUGCAAAGAGAUCCGCUGCACAUCAAGAUGAGUCAACGAUGUCAUUUGAUCAUUAUCUACUACGAAUGACCGAUUUUGAUUUCCACGCAGAAGCAAGGGGCCCACUCGGAUAUGAGGUGAGCAGCCAAAUAUAUGAGAUUCUGAAGAGCGCUCUUGAUGGAUUUGGGUACGCUUUACGUGAAACCAACACCAACGAAAAGUCAUCUCCCUCUCGUCGCAAUCAGGAAGUGUCCCGGGUGAUCCUACAGCAAGAGGGCGUUUUUAGAACCAACUGUCUUGACUGUCUUGACAGGACCAAUCUUGUACAGACAAUCAUCAGUUCAAUGGCUCUGGAAAUGUAUCUUCACCAAAGGGGAGGUGUUAUGGUACCUGAAAUUCGAAUGAGACAUUCAACUCUAUGGGCCGAUAAUGGAGACGCGCUAUCCAAAGUUUAUGCCGGCACUGGCGCUCUCAAAUCAUCAUUCACAAGACAUGGUAAGAUGUCGUUAGCUGGUGCUUUUGCAGAUGCUCGCAAAAGUGCCACUCGCCUUUACGUCAAUAACUUCGCCGACAAGGCCCGACAGAAUACCAUUGAUAUUUUACUCGGCCGACUGAGUAACCAAGUACCCGUGGAACUUUACGACCCCAUUAAUGACAUCGUCACGGCAGAACUUGAGCGUCGAGCUGAUGAAUAUACAUCAUCGAAAAACAUCAGAAUCUGGGUGGGUACUUUCAAUGUCAACGGGAAGGGCGACGGUACUACGACAGAUCUUUCACCAUGGCUCCUAUGGAUGCGUGAAAAGGGUGGUGACAACCCAGCUUUGGUCGUUGUUGCGUUUCAGGAAAUAGUGGAACUCAGUCCCCAGCAGAUCAUGUCAACUGAUCCAAGACCGCGAAUGACAUGGGAGAAUUCGGUCAAGAAUUGCCUCAAUGAUUAUGCGGAUCGCAUGGGAAAUAAUAGAUAUGUGUUGCUAAGAAGCGGCCAACUUGUCGGUGCUGCCCUCCUCGUUUAUGUGCGAGAAGACGCCCUCAGUGAUAUCAAAAACGUAGAGGGUAGUGUGAAAAAGACUGGCCUUUCAGGGAUGGCAGGGAAUAAGGGAGGUUGCGCGAUACGUCUCGAGUACUCAAAUACCAAAAUAUGCUUGGUAACCGCCCAUCUUGCUGCAGGGUUUGCAAAUUAUGAUGAAAGGAACAGAGACUAUGCGACAAUUAGCGGUGGCCUGAGGUUCCGAUACAAUAGGAGUAUUGAAGAUCAUGAUGCUAUUAUCUGGCUAGGUGACUUUAAUUAUCGCAUUGGCCUCGAGAAUCAAGAAGUGCGACAACUGAUAAAGAAAAAUGAAUUUAGCAGAUUAUAUGAUCAUGAUCAGUUGAAUCUACAAAUGCUGGCAGGAAGAACGUUCCCGUUCUAUUCUGAAGGGCUGAUAAGGUUCCCUCCGACAUAUAAGUACGACCUGGGAACCGACAACUACGAUACCUCAGACAAAGCGCGUAUACCAGCGUGGUGUGAUCGGGUGUUAUGGAAAGGAGGUUGCCUUAAGCAAAUAGAUUAUGCAGCAGCCGAUCUAAAGACAUCAGACCAUCGGCCUGUUUCGUCCUUGUUUGACUGUACAAUUAGCAUUGUUAACGAGGUCCAGAAAGACAAGCUCAAUCGAGUACUAUAUGAUCAGCAUCGUGUCGAAUUUGGAGCCAUGAUGACUAGUGGUGAUCUCCUGGAAAACGAUGACGAAGCUUCGCGCUCUUUUGCCAAUUCUCAGGGACUACCUCCGCCAAGUUCGGAUCGUCAUAAAUGGUGGCUUGACAACGGCUCCGGGGCUCGUUCGGGUAUUGCACCGUCUAUGCAAGGAAAAGUGCCGAAUAUUGUUGGGAAACCAAAUCCGUUCGCUGAAAGUGAUGAACAUGAUUGGGUUAACCCUCAAAUGUUACUUGAUAUUGCAGAUUUACGAGAGCACUCUAUGACAGAAGCUGCAGAUAGUGCGGUGACUAAACCACAGCGACCACGCAAGACAGCUGCACUAAGUCAAGAAAAGCCUUCAAACUCAACAAUGACCAAAGAGGCUCAACACGACGCUGCUGGCGUCACUGGCGGCGGUACUUGGGAGCCUAAGCCUCGUUUACCUCCGCGACCUUCAACAUGGGAAACACGUGAACAUAUUUCGCCGCAGCCACCAGCACGAAGCGCCACAGCAAUGCACGCGUCGACGAAUCUGCUCGAUGGAAUGGAUCCUGCAAUGGAUAAGUGGAAGCCAUUGCUUCCACACCGGUAA